AUGCUCGGCGACAAUCCUGCUCUGCAUCACACCGCACUGACGCAUCCCGCGCGCUUGCUGACUGGUCCUCCCAUCGAUCGCUGGUUAUGUAAGGGCGUGACCGACGUUAAGCGAUGGGAAUUAUUAGCCACUACCGUAUCAAGGCCACAAGCCCUCGAAAAGGGUCCCGAUCCUGAGAUCUCAUUACACUUACCUGCUGGAAGCUUUGAUAUUUCAAAGAGUUGCGUUGAUGAUGGCUCUCUUGAACACAGAAUGAGUCAGGAAGCACCCCGAGGCAAAGCCACCUGUGAUGACCUCCUCAGCCCUAACAUUUUCAGCCAUGAGACAGGUGUUUUACUCGUGACCAUCUCGAAUUUGGCUUGGUCCAAGGCCGCCUCGGAUCAUCGUAUGGGAAAGAACAACGUACAGUCUUUCUUGCAAGGUGGUGUUUGGCCCAGAGGGUCGACUUUCGUCAUCGAUAACCAUGCUAGAGCCAAGCCUUACAGAAGUCAGCUCGAGACGCCUGGGUUCUACGUAUCGAACGGACUAUCCUGA